AUGGCGGCGGGGGCCCUGGUCCUGGCGCUCUGGGGCUGGGCGCUGGCUCCGGCGGGCGCCGUGGACGCCAUGGGCCCUCACGCGGCCGUCCGUCUGGCCGAGCUGCUGACGCCGGAGGAGUGCGGCCACUUCCAGUCGCUCCUGAAGGCGCCGGAGCCGGACGUCGAGGCCGAGCUGGCCAGGCUCUCGGAGGACCGGCUGGCCCGGGCCGAGCGGCCGGAGCCCCCGGGCCGGCGGCGGCGGCGGGAGGCGGCGGAGGUCUCCGACGGCUGCCGGGAGGGGCUGGCGGCCUGGCUGGCGGCCGAGGCCCCGUCCCUGUCGUGGGACCGCGUGGCCCGGGCCCUGCGGCGCAGCGGCCGCCCCGACGUGGCCCGGGAGUUGGGCAAGAGCCUCCACCAGCAGGCGACGCUGCAGCUGCGCAGGUUCGGGAAGCCCUACCUGCCCGCGCCCGGCGCCCCCGCCGCGCCCGCCGCGCCCCCGCGCCCCCGCCGCGCCGCGGGCCCGGGGCCCGACUGGGACCGGCUGGAGCUGGUCGUGGAGCGCCUGCCGCCGGCGCCCUACGAGCGGAGCCCCUCGGGCUGGGCUGGGCCGCUGGCGCUCGGCCUCCUCUCCGGCUUCGUAGGGGCGCUGGGCGCCGGGGCGCUGCUCGUCCUGCUCACGCUGUGGAUCACGGGCGGCGACGGCGACCCGGCGUGGCCCUGCAGCCCCGGCCCGCCCGCCACUGCCGCGCGCAGGCCCGCCGGGAGGCCCGGCCGGGGGGAAGCACAGCCGCUCCUGACUGCGCCCCCUCGGCCUGGGCUGCGGGCCGGCCAGGUCCCCCCUCGCCUCCGCCUGUAAAGUGGGGGCAUGGUCGUGGAGGAGCGCUGCCUUCGAUGACUAUAAAAUUUACGAAAUGCGCAAAGGAGGGAGCAGUCGGUUUGUCGAUUCGUUGGA